AUGACCCCAAAACCAGAUGAUAUGAAUUCGAUACAUCCGAUUUUUGAAAAGCUAGCAACUUUUUUUACUGGUGAUCAUGCGUAUACGUAUAUUGGUGAAGUACCAAGUUGUAUUUAUGUUAACUAUUGGUUAAAUAAUAAACUCAGAGAUUUAUACUUUUUUGAUCGUAAAUAUGAAUUUAAUGUUUUCAAGGAUUUUUCGAAUCAAUUUUCUAAAGCACGUGACGGUGUUCUCAAUUCUUGUAACUCUAACAUGAAAUACUAUGAUAAUGAUAAGUGGAAUAGAAUUAAAUUUUUAUAUGAAUUGUAUGAUAUAUUUGAAGAAAUUAUAUCUUUAAACAAAGAUAAUACAGUUUUACAAUGUGAUAAAAUCAUUUUAUUACGUAUACUUUUUAAUAAAUUUAUAAAUAAUUAUGACGGAAAAGAUUAUGAAUUAAUGGUUAAAUUAAUAAAAUUUAAAGAAUUGCUUCUAAAAAAGGUAUUAGAGUUUAAUGGGUACUGUAAAAAUGAAAUAAAUAAUUUCCAAUCCCCAUUAAAAUAUUUACAGAAAAAGGAACAAGAAUCAGAAGAAGCAGCACGAACACAAGCAAAAAUUGAACGAACACAACAACGACAGGUAGUAGAACAAGAACAAGCAAAACAACAGGCAGAAAUUAGUCUAUCUGGAGUAGAAAUAUUAGGAGGAAUAGCAACAGUAAAAGAGCAAAAAGAAAAUUUGAAAAUUGUAGUGGAGAACAAUGUAAAUCAUACAGAUGAUUCAUCUCUAGAAAUUAGUAGAGGGAAUGUAUUUAUUAAAUAUUAUCAGCUUUUGAUAAUAUUUAUUAUCUUAAAAUAUAAUAAAAAUGAAACCAUUAUAUCUUUAAAUAUGAAUAUUUAUUCCAUUAAUAGUUUACUCCUUUCGGUACCUGGAUAA